AUGCAGCUCUACAAAUUCUUCGCUCUUCUGGCGUCCCUUCAGCCAGCUCUUUCCAAGAGCCUUGUGGAUUUUUCUGCCGCUCGCGGUGAUGAUCCCUCUGUCUUGGGUAUGCGUAAUCUCGAAGCGGAGCGUAACGCCCCGCAAAGUGAGAAUUCGAAGGAUCUUUACAUCAAGUUGGACAAGGACCCCAAAGGCGCUCCUGCACUGCACUUCCACCGCAAGAAGGAUUAUAUCCGUACGGAGUACCAUUCCUUGCCGAACCAGAUCACGGUCGAUAAGACUUACUACAUCGGGUACAAGUUCUCUCUGGGAACAAUUGAACAAAGUUUGAUGAUCUGGCAGUUCAAGGAAUAUGCAGCCAACAGCCCCGAGAAGGGCGGUGCAAACAUCCCUCUCUCCCUGGAGUUCAAGGGCGGCAACUUGAACUUCCGGUACCAAGCCUCCGCAAGCACGGGGCGCGUGACUCAGUGGUCCAAGACCGUAAAUACAGACACUACCUACUCUAUUGGAAUCGUCAUCAAUACCUCCAGACCCGGAUGGGUUGAGCUGUACUUCGAUGGUGAACAGCAGAAGUUCAACUCCGGAAGCACUAGACUGAACGCGAACACAUUCCCCGGCCGUGCCGAGCCCAAGUUCGGCGCUUACCGCGGUGAGGCUGUCCAGAUCGAUACUUAUGUAUACAACGUCCAGAUUGGAACUACCCUUGACGACGUCAAGGAGGCUGCUGGCCUGGGUUCUUCUCCUAAGCCUACCGAUACUACUCCCCCCACUCCUACUCCUACUCCUACUUGCGCCUGGGAGGGUCACUGCGAGGGUGCAUCCUGCUCCACCCAUGAUGACUGCUCUGAUGAGCUUGCAUGCAUUAGCGGCAAGUGCACUGUUGAUGGAGCCGUGCCUUGCUCAUGGGAGGGUCACUGUCUUGGUGACAAGUGCAGCUCCCACGACGACUGCUCUGAUGAGCUUGCCUGCAUUAACGGAGCCUGCGCCUCCGUUUGA